AUGAGGUUUGGAGAAUUAUUUGGUGUGAGAAAAUGUGUUACUUCCUUUGGAUUUCAAGAGUUAGUUGGAUACGUAAGGGCCAAAUGGGGCUCGUUUCACCAGAACACCAUGUCUCUCACGUAUACGGUUGUUGGUCAUGGGGAGGGUGUGUUGUGUGAUGAUGACGAUGUGUUUUACAUGAUGUCGUUAGCGCGCGAGAUGUCUCUUGAUCGUGUUGAAGUGAGUGUUAAACAAAGAGAGGGAGUUGUUCCUGAUGUGGUAUCAUGCGUUCGAAUUUGGUCAAGGAUGUUGGUCAAGUUUUUCGUGGAAACUGGAUUUGAGUUUAGGAAAGCUUUAUGCAUGUAUUCGGUGGAAACUGGAUUUGAGUUUACAUACGUUAAGAAUGAGCGGUGGAAACUGGAUUUGAGUUUACAUACGUUAAGAAUGAGCGUGUACGUGUCACAGCUGAAUGCAGACACAGUUAAGAAGCUGAAUUAUGGAGUUGACAUUAGCUAUUAUGUGGCUUGGAGGUCUGUCACGGCAGGGAAGCAACAUGUUUUUGGUGAUGAUACUAGUUCAUACUCACACUUACCGUCGUACUUCGAAGAACUUGGUCGUACCAAUCCGGAUAGCGUUUAUAAUCUUGACAUCGAUGCAGAUACGAUGAAGUUUCGACAAUUGUACCCAGUUGCAUUUGGCAUAGUUAGUGAAGAAUCUGAUAGCAAUUGGGCUUACUUUCUUACUCAUUUGAGGGUUUGCAUUGGAACGGAUCGUGUGGUGACGUUUUUCUCGGAUCGCAAUCACGGUAUUUUGGAUGGGGUCAAAAAUAUAUUCCCUGAUUGUCUUCAUAUAUACUGCUUGUAUCACAUGCAAUUAAAUUUGUCAAGUAAAUGUAGAGGUUGUCCAUCUGGUUUUCGAAAGAAGAUGGCUCAUUUGUUUAAUGCUUGUGCCUACGCUCCUACGAAAUCUGAGUUUGAUGUGCAUAUAAAGGAGUUUAUAGAAACUGGAGGUACAAGGAUUAGAAAUUUUCUAGCAGACCUUCCGUAUAACAACUGGACUUGUGCACAUUUUGAGGGGAAUAGAUAUGGGCAGAUGGCAUCUAGUGUUGCAGAAUCGUGGAAUAUGAAGAUUGGCGUCAUUCGUGGUCUGCCUAUUACAGAUGUGGUUGAUGGUCUUAGGAGUAUAAUGAUGGUGGAAAUGUUUGUAAGGGCAGAGGAGGCUGCGGUUAUGUCAACUGUACUUUGCACUCCCAUUCAGGGUGCUGUUAAUAAACUAGUACAUGACAGUAGAGUUUUGAUAACAAAGAGGGCAUCGGAGUACAUUUACGAGGUGCUUAGUACUCCAACAGCUGUUGUUGACAUUCGCAACAGGUCGUGCACGUGUAGAGCGUGGCAAGUCAACGGUCUGUCGUGUAUACAUGUUGCGUGUGUUCUGUUCCAUAACAAUAAUGAUGGUUAUGCAUAUGUUGACUACUAUUACACUGUUAGACCUCCAGAUUAUCAUAUUCGGUGUGGCAGGCCGAAGGUGAAGAGAAUUCCUUCGAGAGGUGAGAAGGUUAAGAGGAAGAUAAAAUGCAGCUCAUGCAACCGUAUGGGCAAUCACAACAAGAAAACGUGCAGGAGGCCUCUAUGA